AUGGCAACAGGCACGAGUGCCUGUGUCAACCUCCGGAACAUCAAAAACGUGUGUUUAUUUGCUCAAAAUGAAGCCUGCUCCUCUGCGCGCCGGGGACUUCAGUUGAGGUUGCCAAAAUUCUCAAGACGAAACAUACACACAAUUUGCUCGACUAGCAUGCCAAUUCGAUCCAGUCGCAAGGUACGGCUACUAGAUCCUAUCAUUGCUGGCAAUCCGUCUGCACUCGAAGUACGCCAGCCAACAACGGGUGCUCACUAUUCCACAACCCGUCCACCACUGCUUGAGUCGGUUAUCAAGAAAAUUGUUUCCAACAGAAACCCGCCGGCAGAUGACCUCCAGCACGAUUCACAGCGGGGCAGGCAUUCAUCGUCUAAAAAUGGACGCAUCCUCGGCGGCGAGCAUGGUGAAUUGAAGAAGUCUCAAGCUGUUAGUGUAUGUGAAGCUCGUUGGGGGUUUCCCAAUAAAUCGAACACGUGCAUAUCUAAUUUCAUACCGCAGUUGGAAACCAGGGUUCUGGCACAGUUUUCUGAAGAUCGAUCAAUAUCAGCUAACUGUGAGGGACAUGAACUAGCCCGAGAAUCCUCCAGAGAGCAUGGCAGUCGCACGAGCCUCCCAUGGUUUGAGUUUUCCCUAAAAGGCCUGCAAGAAGACCUCCAGAAAUCCCAGCCUGACCUGCUGAGCGACCCGCAACAAUCUACAUCCGCUCAGAUUGCCACUAUACAGCUACCGAUCCAGCGUGAUUUAUUGUCUACAAUCAACGAAAAAGCACGAAAGGUGCUUGAGAAUGCCAAUCGAGACAUGCUUUCAGCAGAAGGCUUUAAGAGGAGGGAGGAUCGAUUGCAACCACGAACAAUCCCUCUCGAUGAUCCAAAUUAUGUGGCGCAAAGGACGGCGAAGUUGCUGCAAUUCAAGCACAAGGCCGACACCUGCCACAGGCUAGAUUUCCUUGAACUGAAAAGAAAGAAACUUGAGCUGCCCGUGAGACAUGUCGCGAAGCAAAUUUUGGAUGUCAUCAACAGCAAUACCUACAGCAUUAUUGAUGGAAAGCGUGGCUCCGGAAAGACAACGCAGGUUCCCCAAAUUAUCUUGGAGGAUGCGAUCGACAAUUCUACCGGAGUAUCUUGUAGGGUUCUGUGUGUUCGGCCAAAAGAAUCAGAGGCAGUCAAUAUGUCAAGACAAGUGGCCAGUGAAAGAUUUGAAAAACUGGGUGAUACUACUUGUUUUGGGUUGCCCGAUCACGCUCCUUUGGGGGGAAGUAUCACGUAUUGCUCUAGGGACGCUUUGCUGAGAAUGUUGAAAAAUGGACCCGCCAGCUUGGAGCAAUUCUCCCACAUCAUACUUGACGAGGUUCACUUACGUGGUUUCGAUAUCGACGCGGGCAUGAUGCUUUUGAAACGAUUUGUUGAACAACGCAAGUCUAUCGGUGCAUAUGUACCAAAGGUCAUUCUGAUGGGCUCAUUUCCUCAGGUCGAUAGUCUUUGUUCCUAUUUUGGUACCAGAACUACAGAUGACACGGUUUUGCCUGCUCCUCAUGUGACUAUUCCUAUGGGCUUCCCUGUGGAGAAGUAUUAUCUCGAAGAAGUAAUUGGCAACAUCGCCCAUUCUUUGACACCGAGCAUCCUACGGCCUCUCCUUAAAGACAAGGCUACACAACAUUUCCUGGACAGACAUUUCAAAUUCAUUGAAGAGUCGGAAACCCUGGAAACCAACAGGCUUCGCCCAAAUGUCGUACCUUGCGGGUUGAUUUCUGCGACUCUUCUCUCGCUCUUGUCUACAACAAAAACAGGUUCCAUCGUUGUCUUCGUCCCACAGAUUAGGUACAUUCGGAGAGUCAUAGAGCAGAUCACAACCUUCGGCCCAAAGCUAGGAUUCGAUUUUGCAGAUAAGAAUCGAUUCAGAAUCAUUCAGUUGCAUGAAAAUACGACAGAAGAAGAAGAAGCCGAAUUUGACCUUGGAAUCCCUCCGGGAUGCCGAAGACUUAUCAUUUCAAAAGGAAGGAGCAAUUUCACAAUUCCAGACGUGAGGUACGUUGUUGACUCUGGCAAGUCAAGUCACCAAAAGCACGAGAAUCAGGAGAAAUCCAAUAAUUUGGCGCAAGACCAUGGACCAGCUGCUUGCUGGAUUAGUCAAACUGUCGCCUUGCAGCGGGCAGAGUGUGCAGGCAGAGUCCAGGCUGGAGAGUACUACUUCCUUGGUGCCAAAAAGUGUUUUGAUUCCCUUUCAGUUACCAGCGCUCCAACGACCUGGCCCGCUCGCUCAGGUCUCCGACAAGCCUGUUUGCAUUUUAAGCGAGCGACCUCUGGAACGUCCCUCUCAAUCGCAGAAUUUUUCGCUCAAACCUAUAAGCCACCUCGAGAAUCCGUCGUUCGUGCUGCAGUGGAUGAUCUGAAGGAAUUGCAGGUAUUGGACGAGCAGGAAGAACUCACCGCUCUAGGCCAUCUUCUCGCCGAUUUGGAUAUGGAUCCAUGCUUUGGCAAGAUGGUUGUUCUGGGUAUUAUUUUCAAAUGUUUGGACCCAAUGCUGAUCCUUGCGAGUCUGGGGUGGAACGCACUUACUUUACCAGCAGAGAUGACUGGAUCACUUCAUUCUAUGCACAAAUUGGACCAUCAUAUAGCUACCAUCGGUACCUUUAGGGUCGUUCAAGGAAAGUUGCGUAAGGGCGAACUUUCGGCUUUUAAGGAUGCAGUCCCAAAAGACCAUAUGUCCAACCUAUACCAUACAGUGACUCUGGAAAUUAAGCGAAUUAUCAAGAGAUUGAUCGCAGCCAAAAUCCUCCCUGCAGACAGCUUGUACGGCGACAGGGGCUUUUGGUCUAGUUGCACCAAUUUGAAUGCCCGUUCCAGGGAUAACGCUCUUAUCAGAACACUCUUGCUGCAAUGUCUUUCCUCCAACCUAGCUGUGAAACCCUUUGGCGAAGAGAACGUCAAAUUCAAAUCCGGGAAGACAGCUCAAAAUGUUUUUACUACGUCCAGAGACAAAAGCUUUAUCAUGGUCUGCAACUUCAGAUCGGUCAGCGCAAGCAUGCCGCAUAGGUCGAAACAAACCACCCGGGUCAACCCACUGGCCGCCUGCCUCUUUGGGAACAAGAUAGAACAGGAGGAAGAUGCUGUUAUCUUGGAUUCGUGGGUGAAAAUCAAACUGCAAACUGUGGGAGGCACAGAAAAUGAAAUUGCCAAGUCCUUGGUUCAAACACACAGAGUCCUAAAUGAGGUCAGUAUGUUCUUGUGGUUAUUCAAUUCGUGGGCUAACCUUGAAAUCCCGCAGGCCCUUCAAACUGCCUUUAAGAUACUCCCUCGCCAGGGAAGGGCAAGCUUCGGCUCCUCAGAAGAAUGGCAUUCAUCUCUUAAGGCUCGCAAGUGCUUUUUCAACACGAUUCGGAACAUACUGCGAGAUAUUCUUCAUUCAAAUCGUCAGCCUCUGGGCCAGAGCAUUAGAAAAGGUAUAUGA